AUGUCUACAGGAGACGUUGAGAUCCACACGGUGCCAAAGGCCCCUACGGCGGGCAAUGUCAAGCUCAAUAAGAUCUCCAGUACCUUGACCCAGGACAAGGCAAGGGGUGGUGCCCAGGCUAUGUUAUAUGGCGCGGGUUUGACGGAGGAAGACAUGAACAAACCUCAGAUUGGCAUCUCCCCGGUCUGGUGGGAAGGCAAUCCUUGCAACACCCAUCUUCUUGAUCUUGCCUUCAAGGUCAAGGAAGGAUGCAAGCAAGAAGGUCUUGUCGGUUUGACGUUCAGUACCGUCGGCGUCAGUGAUGGAAUCACUAUGGGAACUGAGGGGAUGAAGUAUUCCCUGCCGACCCGUGACUUGAUCGCAGAUUCCAUUGAAGCAGUUACAUUGGCGCAAUACUACGAUGGUAAUAUUGCAAUCCCUGGAUGCGACAAGAACAUGCCAGGUUGUGUCAUCGCUGCCGUACGCCACAACCGGCCUACCAUCAUCGUCUACGGAGGCACCAUCCGGCCCGGUGUCCGGAACGUGGAUUGUCCUGCGCUGGGCCAUAAGAAGGGAGACAACAUGAACAUCGGUGAUGCCUUUGAGUCUUUCGGCGCCUACACUGUCGGCAAGAUCAACGAGGAAGAGCGUUUCGAUGUCGUCCGCCAUUCCUGCCCUGGGCAGGGUGCUUGCGGUGGAAUGUUCACUGCCAAUACCAUGUCUAGCGCAUUGGAGGUGUUGGGUCUGUCAUUGCCCUACUCGUCCAGUAUCCCCGCUGUGUACCCCGAAAAGGCUCAGGAAUGCUUCAAAGUUGCCAAGUACAUGAAGAAGCUGCUUGAGCUGGAUCUCAAGCCGAGAGAUAUUCUGACUCGCCAAUCUUUUCUGAACGCUAUUACAAUUGUGAAUGUGCUGGGAGGUUCAACGAACUCGGUUCUCCACCUUCUGGCGAUGGCAAGAGCUGCCGACAUUCACCUUACCAUUGAUGACUUCCAGGAUAUUGCAGACAAGACACCGUAUCUCGCUGACUUGAAGCCCUCUGGGAAGUAUGUGAUGGAGGACCUGCACAAAGUUGGCGGUAUUCCUGCUCUGGUCAAGUACUUGUUGAAACACUCCGACCUCAUCGAUGGUACCCAAUUGACCGUUACUGGAAAGACCCUGGCGGAGAACUUGGAAGAUGUUCCUGAGCUUGACAUUGAUAACCAAGAUGUCGUCAAGAAGCUCAGCAGCCCCAUCAAACCAACGGGUCAUCUCACUAUCCUUCGCGGCAACCUUGCUCCAGGAACUGCGGUCGCAAAACUCACGGGCAAGGAAGGAACUCGUUUCGAGGGCGUCGCGCGAUGCUUCGACAGCCUCGACGGUUUCUACCCUGCCCUGGAAGCAGGAGAGAUAAAGGAGGGUACGGUGGUCAUCUUCAGAUAUAUGGGCCCUAAGGGAGGACCUGGAAUGCCAGAGAUGCUGGGUCCCACGGGCGCACUGAUUGGAGCAGGCUUAGGCGGUAAGACUGCUCUAAUCACCGACGGUCGCUUCUCCGGUGCUUCUCGAGGGUUCAUCAUUGGUCACGUCGUACCCGAAGCCCAUCUUGGAGGCCCCAUUGCCCUCGUGAAGGACGGCGACAAGAUUGUUAUCGAGUCUUCCACCAGGACGAUCAACUGGCUUGUCAGCGAAGAGGAGCAGGCCAAACGUAGAGCUGAGUGGGAGGCAGCGGGCCCGCGCGACUUCCGCUUCAAGCGGGGUAUUCUGUACCGCUACGCGCGGGACGUCGCACCCGCCAACGUAGGUGCGUAUUGCGACUGA